AUGAGCGCAAUCAUAGCAGAAAUCCAUCUCGACACGUCCUUCUCGUCAGAAGACAAGCCUUUGCCCACCACACCGAUCCCCUUGACAAACACAUCAGGAACAGCGCUUGCACCAAGCACAGAACUCCACAUACCCCUCACAACCCAGAGCGACGCGAACAAGCCGCAACGGCUAGUCGACUUGGCAGAUGUAAUGGACGAAGCAAGAGCAAGAUUGAAUCAGGUGCUAACAAGUUGGAAGGAUUGGGCUGGGAAGGAAGAGGUGCCUGGGACAGCGGCGAAGAAGGACGGAGAAGAUGAGGAGGAGCAAGAUGAUGAGGAGCAAGAAGAUGAGGAGCAAGAAGAGAAAGAGUAA